AUGAGGGUCUGGGCCUGCCUCCUGGCGGCUCUGAUGGGAAUCCAAGCAGUUGAGCGGCUGCGCCUGGCCGACGGCCCCCACGGCUGUGCAGGCCGCCUGGAGGUGUGGCACGCGGGUCGCUGGGGUACAGUGUGCGACGACGGCUGGGACCUGCGAGACGCGGACCGUGGCCUGCCGGUGUGCUGGGCUGUGGGCGGGGCGCUGGCCGCCCCCGGAGGCGCCUUCUUCGGGGAGGGCACAGGUCCGAUGUGGCUGAGCGAGCUGGCAUGCCGAGGCGCCGAGAUAGAACUGGGCCCCCGCUGAAACAACAACCGCGGAUGGAGGGCUCACGUCUGCUCCCACGAGGAGGAUGCCGGAGUGGUCUGCGCAGGUGAGCGCGAGAGGGCAUUGGGAGGGCGCGGAGGCCAAGGGACCCGACAACAGGUCCGAUCGCCUGGAAGCGUAUCGGGUCUCCCCAAGCCAGGAAUGAACUCUGAGUAUCUCCCAGGGGGUGGCCCCUCAGAACAGCUGGGGCUGGGAGGGGUCGCCUGGGACGACUCUGCUGCUCGCCUACAGGGUCAGCGAGCGCAGACUCUGGGGCCAGUGUUUCAGUCAACCUCGAUCCUUGAUGUGGAGUCCGCUUUGCCAGAGCUGUUUGGUUCGGAGGAGACCACAUCAGAGCCGUCGGUGACACACGAGCGGCUGCGCCUGGUGUCGGGUCCCCACGGCUGCGCGGGCCGCCUGAGGUGUGGCACGGGGGCCCGCUGGGGCACCGUGUGCGACGACGGCUGGGACCUGCGCGACGCGGCCGUGGCCUGCCGGGAGCUGGGGCUGCGGCGGGGGCGCUGGCCCGCCCGCCUGGAGGGGGCCCGCUUCGGGCCCGGCUCGGGGCCAGUGUGGAUGGACGAUCUGUGGGCUGCGGCGGCAGCGAGGCAGGCCCUGCGGGACUGUCCCCGGAGCCCGUGGGGCCGCAGCAACUGCGACCACAGCGAGGACGCGGUGGCUGGUGGCCCGGCCCCGCGGCUGCGCCUGGCCGAACGGCCCCGCCGCUGCGCGGGCCGCCUGGAGGUGUUCCACGCGGGCCGCUGGGGCACCGUGUGCGACGACGGCUUGGACCUGCGCGACGCCGCCGUGGCCUGCCGGGCGCUGGGCUGCGGCGGGGCGCUGGCCGCCCCCGGGGGCGCCUUCUUCGGGGAGGGCCCUGGGCCGGUCCUCCUGGACGACCUCCGCUGCCGGGGCAACGAGUCGGCCCUGAGCUCUGCCCGUCGCGGCCCCUGGGGCCAGCACGACUGUCACCACCAGCGAGGGACGCGGUGCGCCGUGUGCGAUGGCCCCUGCCGGCCACAGCAACAGCUCCACGUCCAGAUGUCCCCCCGCCACCCCCCGAGCCUGACUCCCGGCACAAGGCCACCCCCCGCCCACCUCCCCUACCGAGCCCUGGGACCCCCGCGCCGGAAGCCGGAGGAUGAUCGGGUCCCCCGAGGGCUUGUCCAGGAGGGGGCCACACCCAGAGGUGUUCACGGCUCCCUUGGGCCACUGAGAGCCCAGCACACGAAAGUCUGGGCCCUGCUGAUGGCGCUGGGUUCCUCUCAGCCAGGCCCUGCCCCUUGGCCUGUGCGACCAGACGUCUGGUCCCUGCUCAGCUGGGAAAUGGAAACUCCAGGAUUCACUGCGGCGCUUUGCCCCGAGACCACAUUCUUGCAGGUUUACGUCGCGGAGCAGAGACAGCAGGGGACUGGCCAGGCUCGGCUCCCAGGCUCGGUGCCAAACUCAGCUCAGGGGUGCGCCCGCUCCCCGCUGGCAGCGCCCUCCUUUCCCCUCCUGCACCCCCAAGUCCCUGUGGUGCUCCGGGUUGCAGGGCAGACAAGGACACAGCCAUUGUGCAAAAGAAUUUACUCGGGGAUCCCUGGUGACCUCGGUGGAGACCGUGCCCACCCAUCUGAUUGGAUUCGAGGACUGGGAGCGGGGAACUGGACGAGGCUCCCCGACCUGCCUAGAUUCCGACUCCCCGUCUCUCCCCACGCAGGGUCCCCAGCGCUGCGCCUGGUGGCCGGGCCCAGCAGGUGUGCCGGCCGGCUGGAAGUGUGGCAUGCAGGUCGCUGGGGUACAGUGUGUGAUGACGCCUGGGAUCCCCAGGACGCAGCUGUGGCCUGCCGGGAACUGGGCUGCGGGGCGGUGCAGCCUCUGGACCCCGAAGCAGGCCGCUUUGGCUGGGGUUCCGGCCCCAUCUGGCUGGAUGAUGUGGCGUGUGUAGGAACCGAGGUGUCGCUCGCUGACUGCCCUGCCUCCCCCUGGGGCAAGCACAACUGUGCUCACAACGAGGAUGUCGGACUGAUCUGCAUGGGGUCCCCCAGGCCUCGACUCCUCUCAGACCCCUUCAGCUGGAGCUGGGGUCCCGGAGACCCCGACGCCUGGGUCCCCGCAGAGGACCGUGACCCCGCAGCCCGCCAGGCUGGCCACCAGCGUUCACCACGCAGAAGGCCACGCGCGCUGCCACCGGGAAGAUGCCAAGAGCCCGAAGAAGCCACCACGAGCCCCCCGCGGGCCUCGCCCCACAUCCACGGCACAGACAGCAACGUCCUGGGACCCCCACCCGCACCCAGGACCCCCCGAGAUGCGACCUCGAGGGCGCCACCCACGCGCAAGCCCUCCCCCACCACGCCCGCGGGGGGCGCCUCCCCAGGACCCCUUCGUCUCCAGAAGCGCCCCCAAGACCCCUCCCUGGCCCCCACCGCGGGGGACUCGGGCCCGUUCCGAGUGCGCCUGGCCGACGGGCCCAACCGCUGCGCGGGGCGGCUGGAGGUGCGGCGCGCCGGCCGCUGGGGCACCGUGUGCGACGACGGCUGGGACCUGCGCGACGCGGCCGUGGCCUGCCGGGAGCUGGGCUGCGGCCGGGUGCGGCCGCGCGUGGGCAAGACGCACUACGGGCCGGGCGCCGGCCCCAUCUGGCUGGACGACGUGGCCUGCCGGGGCGCAGAGGGCUCGCUGAGCCUCUGCCCGGCGCGGCCCUGGGGCCAGCACGACUGCGGCCACGAGGAGGACGUGGGGCUCACCUGCACGGGCCACGCGGACGCGGACGAUUACCCGCCCUGGACCUGGGACCCCACGUCGGGGGAGGACCUGGCCAAGGGGACCACCGCUGCGGGGCUGCCCGGCAACACGCUCCCCUGGAGCAGCACCCCGCCUGCCCCGACGAGGCGCCUUCCCGGCACGGGUGAGCAGCACACGGGCAGGGCUUCCAGAAAGUUCCUGCUAGUCCAGGAGAUCUGCAGCUCGGGGACCCGCUUCUGCACCCCUUGCUGGGCUCCGGAGACCCUAACACAGUUCUGUGCUCCACAUGUCCCGCUGCCCCAGAACCCACAGAGGAGACCCCGUGUAUCUGUGGGGUCGGAGGAGCGCAGCAAAGCCCGAACCCUUGGCCCUGCGCAAGCCCAUUCAUCACCCCGCCAUCCCGACUGGCACCAGAUCCACCCUUGCCCACUCAGGGGAGACUGGGAGACGGCCCAGGCAGAGGCUGGGGUGAUCGAUAAGGAGAACUACGAGUCUUCCUGGAUGUGGGACACACUUUCAGGAGGGACGUUGGCCCAGGGAACCCCAACCAGCCGGACACGAACUACCACUGCCGUCAGUACCACUAGCAGCCCUAGCCGUCGCUCUCUGGUUCCAAGGGCCCGUGGGGAUCCAGCAGGUGCCGCGGCCACUGCGCAGCCGCCGCGGGAGCGUCGGACCCAGCGGCCCACGGGGACCCCCACGGCGACCCCCAGCUCCGCCUCCGCCGCAUCCCCCGGACCCUCAGAGCCGCAGGGCGGCGUCCAGGCCUCGUCGAGCAGAGGAGGCACCUCUGACCUCCCGGACCCCAGCCCCACAGCGCCGGCCGCUGCGGGUCCUGAAAUGACUCCUAAGAAAGUGCUCCAGGAAACGACCUCUGACCCCUCUACACCUGGGACUGGGACCGGCCGCACCCCUACCUCAGCAGUCACCCCAGAAUCUGGGGCAGCUCCGCUCCUUGCCACGCGUCCAGAACCUCCCAGGACCUCAGACCCUGCCAGCACCGGGCAACCCCACACCACGCCCCCUCAGCCCCCCACGGACACCCCUCAAGCCCUCACGGAUUCGCCCGAUCGCUUCACACAUCAUGCCCUCACUGACUCUCCUCACCCCCUUAACGACACCCCUCGCCCCUUCAACACCACCCCUCACCCCCUCACCAAUGCCCUUCACCCCCUCUCUGACUCCCCUCACUCCAGCACGAUGAUCCCUGAAAAUCCCACCAUGACCUCGAGUCCUCUUGCCUCCACUUACCCCCAUGCCUCGAGCCCGCAAGCCCCCACCAUGAGCCCACAGCCCCCCACUCUGCACUCAACUGUGACCCUUGGCCCAACACCCUCGGCGCCAGUCACUUCUCUGGGAACCCAACGUCCUGCCUCAGCACUGACUGUCCAGCACCUUGGGGUCCCCGGCCAGACCUCCACGGAGACCCCGGACCCCUCCACACCCAGAAGCCCCGAGCCCACCCUUGACCCGAGAUCUACCCUGCAGCCCACCAAGGGGCCCAGGGUUGCCACACUCAGCCCCCCGGCAGCCCAGACCCCACCUGCAACCUCUGUCCCUCAGGGUGACCCCCUGAGUCCACCUCCCCACCACCACCCCCUAGCAUCCUCCCCUGAGGAGGCCGAGGUACCCCUCAGCCCGUGUGUGGCCCCCACGCCCCCCGUGCGCGUCAUGGCCUGUGAGCCCCCGGCCCUGGUGGAGCUGGUGGCGGCCGUGAGGGACGUGGGGGACCAGCUCCGGAGGCUGAGCCAGGCGCUGGAGCAGGACCAGCAGGAGCGCCGUGCCCUGAAUCAGGGCCUGGCCCGGAUGGUAGAGGCAGCCCAGGGUCUGAGCCAGCUGGGAGAGGCCGUGAGGAGGCUGGCGGAGGGGGCCCUGCACCCCAGCACACCCCAAUCCGUCACUGCCACCCCAGAGGAGGAGGAAGAGGAGGAGAGGCCGCUGAGGGGAGAUGUGUGAGGCAGACCCGGGCUUCCAGGUCUUGAGAACCCCAGACACGCCCCCACCCGAACCCCAAAGUUGCUAAAUAAAGACACAGGUCGCAGGGAGCCUGAGGACAUACAA